AUGACGCUGAGGCGGGGCCGUUGUCUGCUCCGUGAGUCCGCACGAAAUCGUCUGCCGCUACUCGAGCUCGACUCGAGCCAAGACGAGGAAGAGGACGACGCCGCUCGGGAGGCACGCCACCUCACGAUGGCAAGGAGGAACUCCCUCACCACCGUCAUCACUGACAUGUGGGAGAUGGAGAAGCGCGCCCGCGACACUAACGUGGAGGAGGCGCACGACAUCGGCCGCGCUAAACGCGCGUCCAUCCACUCAGAGAUGGCAUGCCGCGCUAUCAUUCUAUCAAAGCCGCGAGCAAUGGCGUCCAGUCCACGGUUGUUGCUCCUCUGCCUCGCCGCGAGCCUCGUGCUCCAAGCUCGCGCCCAAUCAGGAUUCAUAAACAUAGACUGCGGCCUCUCGGGGUCGACGGGCUUCGUGGAUGAUAACACCAAGUUCUCCUUCGUCCCGGACGCCGGCUUCAUCGACACCGGCACCAACCAUAACAUCUCCACCGAGUACGUGACAGCGACCAUGGGCAAGACCUGGUACAACCUGCGCAGCUUCGCCGGCGCUGGCGCGCGCAACUGCUACACGCUCCCGUCCCUCGUCUCCGGGCUCAAGUACAUCGUCCGGGCCAAGUUCAUGCACGGCAACUACGACCGCCUGAACCUCCGCCCGGUGUUCGACUUGUACAUUGGCGUUAACUACUGGCACACCGUGAACAUCUCCAGUCCGGAUGUGGCAAUGUUCCUGGAGGCAACCGUGGUGGUUCCGGAGACGGAUGACUUCCUGCAGGUGUGCCUUGUGAACACCGACGCCGGGACGCCCUUCAUCUCUAGCCUUGAACUGAGGCCGCUGAAGCCGACGCUCUACCCGCAGGCAACUGCGUCGCAGGGGUUGAACCUGAUUAACAGGGUCAACUUCGGCCCGACCAACGCCAGUUUCACCGUAAGGUAUCCAAGUGACCCACACGACCGGAUAUGGUUCCCUUUGAUCGACACGGCGACCUGGGCCAGUAUGUCGACACAGCAGGAGGUGAACAUCAUAGACGCCGAUACAUUCGAGGCGCCAUCGUUAGUGUUGCAGACGGCGAUCAUGGCCCGGAACGUCUCUCGGAACAUAGAGUUGACAUGGUCCUCCGUGCCCACCCGUAUGAACCCGUCACCGGGGUACAUCGUCAUCUUGCACUUUGCCGAGCUGCAGCCGCCGCAGGCCCUCCCCGUCAACGCAGUGCGCGAGAUGAGAGUCAUCCUCAACGACAAGCCGUGGUUCACGACGCAAGACUUCACGUUCAAGCCGGCUUACCUCUUUGACUUCUCCUUCGACAGGACUCAACCUUUCCAGUACAGCAGCUACAACCUCUCCAUCCAGGCUACCAGUAACGCGACGUUGCCGCCCAUCAUCAACGCUGCCGAGAUCUUCACCGUGUUUCCCACCACAAACCUUGGCACGGACUCCCAGGACGUAUCCGCAAUCACGGCCAUCAAGGCGAAGUAUCAGGUGAAGAAGAACUGGAUGGGUGAUCCUUGCGCUCCAAAGACCAUGGCGUGGGAUAGGUUGACCUGCAGCUACGGUGCCACUGGCAGCCAUCCGAGGAUCACAAACGUAAGUCUGUCUUCCAGUGGUCUGAAUGGUGAUAUAUCGUCUUCUUUCACGAACCUCACGGCAGUCCAGUACUUGGACCUAUCAAACAAUAACUUGACUGGCUCAAUUCCAGAUGCCCUUUCGCAAUUGCCUUUAUUAACUGUUCUAGAUUUAUCAGGCAACCAGCUCAAUGGAUCAAUCCCCUCUGGACUCCUCAAAAGAAUUCAAGAUGGUUCACUGGAUUUAAGAUAUGACAACAAUCCAAACCUUUGCACCGAUGGCAAUUCGUGCCAACUGCAUGCAAAAAAGAACAGCAAGCUGGCACUUUACAUUGCGGUCCCUGCAGUUUUGCUCGUGGUGAUAGUAUCAGUGACAGUACUACUUAUUUGCUUCCGUAAACCAAAGAAACAAGGAUCAAUGCCCGUAACACCACCCAAUGAGACAAGCCACCUCGACAGUGACAGUUCGCUGCAACGUCUUGAGAGCCGUCACUUCACAUACAAAGAACUUGAGAAGAUAACAGACAACUUCCAGCGAGUGCUCGGCCGGGGAGGGUUUGGGUACGUCUACGACGGCUCCCUGGAGGACGGCACCCAGGUUGCAGUGAAGCUGCGAUCACAUACAUCCAAUCAAGGAGUCAAGGAGUUCCUCGCAGAGGCUCAGAUUUUGACCCGGAUUCAUCACACGAAUCUAGUCUCCAUGAUUGGUUACUGCAAGGAUGGGGAGUACAUGGCCCUUGUCUAUGAGUAUAUGUCAGAAGGAACCUUGCAAGAGCAUAUUGAUGGAAGCAACCGCAGCGGAGAAUGUCUUCCCUGGACACAGAGACUCCGAAUCGCCCUUGAAUCUGCACAAGGGCUGGAGUACCUACAUAAGGGUUGCAAUCCGCCCCUGAUCCAUAGGGACGUGAAGGCCACCAACAUCCUGUUGAAUGGGAAAUUGGGGGCUCGGAUUGCUGACUUCGGCUUGUCUAAGGCCUUCAAUAGCAAUGACACCCACGUGUUUACAAACACCGUCGUCGGCACACCUGGAUACGUCGACCCUGAAUACCAGACAACAAUGCAGCUGACAACCAAGAGUGAUGUGUAUAGUUUUGGAGUCGUGCUGCUGGAGCUGGUCACAGGAAAGCCGGCCAUAUUGCGUGAUCCAGUGCCCAUCAACAUUAUCCAGUGGGUGCGACAGAGGCUGGCACAGGGAAACAUUGAGGCCGUGGUGGAUGCGCGUAUGCGCGGUCACUACGAUGUAAACACUGUGUGGAAGGUUGCAGACAUCGCCCUCAAGUGCACAGCACAGUCCUCCGCACAACGUCCCAGCAUGACCGAUGUGGUGACACAAUUGCGAGAAUGCAUCGAUUUAGAGAAUGAACAUUCUCGAGAUGAAUCGAACAAUGGCUUCUAUACCAGUAGAAGUGGGAAUGACCGAAACAUGAGUUAUGAUUCUUACCCCACUGACGGGUCCGCUAAUGUGAGCCAGAACAGCACUUCCUCUGAGAUGGAGCAAAGUCUUAUGAGGGCGCCAACAAUGCCCACCGGUCCAGCUGCACGUUGAAGAGUUCUAUAUUCUAUUGUCAGUGAUUUUUACAAAUUGCAGCAGUUGAUUCUAUAGUUUUAUCUUGAAGUGGUAUCUAUGGCAGUGUUGAGGAAAUCUUUAAUCAGUCUGCUCACCUAGCUGGUGAUUAGCGAUUAGUAGGUGAAUUGGGCUAUUAAUGAGUUAAUCAGCUGAUUGGCCACCCAGGGAGUAGCUAUUAAGCGGCCAA